UGGGAAAUACAUGAUAGAAACUGAGUAGGAGGCUAUGACAGACAUGUGGGCUAAAUUAGAGGAGGGACUAGACAUCCAUUAGGCGUCUGGAAUAGGGACUUGGAAUAGAACUAGGCCUAAAAUCUGUUUGGAAUAGGGACUUGGCAAUAGAAUUGGGCACAAAAUAUGAAAGAGGUUUGGAAGGGAGGCUCGUUAUAUGGUCACUAGAUCGAUCUAGGGGAUGAAGAGGUAUGAGAAGUACGAUGUCAAAGAUGACUUCGUCUUUCAAGCCAGACUCCUGCUGAAUUGUGGUAGCACUGCUAAUUAUAAUGUAGAAUUCUGAAAUAUAUAUUAAUGGGUUCUGGCUCCUAACCAAGAUGUCAGGAAAGUUCUUAAAACCCAUGCUGAGGACUUGAGUACAGAGGCCUUUGGAGCCAGGCCUUGUUAACUGUUGGACUACAGACAGUUCAGUGAUUGAGUCUUCAGAUUAAACUAGAAGGGUGAGAAUGUGCUUGGGAUGUAGCAGGUAUACGGUAGAUUCUAGUUUUCUUGUCUCACCGCUUUCUGAACACAAGAAGUUUAUGCUUAUCUUUUGGAUCACUGUGGUAUGUUUGCCUGCAAGCAUGAAUAAACACUUAACCAGCUUAUAUCCUGUCUUUUUUUUUUCUUCUUCUUUUCCUUAUGGUUAAACAUUAUAGAAAAUUUACUAACUGUCAGAACCAGUAGUCCCAAGAUAGAGUGUGGCUCCAGGAUUGGCUAAUCUAGCAACUCAACUGAUCUUUCUUUCCCUGGUUUUUCGGGCACACGCUUCAUAUUGAACUGCUCUUCCUCCAGCUGUAACUUGGCUGCCACUGUUGCAGGUGUUUUGAGCAGACAUGAUAAAGACAAAGAAAAGGCUUUCCUUUUCCAGCAGACAUUCUUCUUGUUUCAUUGGCCAGAACCCUGUCACACACCUGCGUCAACACCAAACCCAGGCAAGGGGAAAGUGACCAGCCAGGAUUGGUAGACCAACCAGGAUUUACCCCUAAAGUCAUAUGAGAAGGGGCUGUGUCUAUUGGUUAGCCAGUGUUUCCCACACCAAAUGCGUAGGAAUCUGCUGAGGACCUUGUUAAUGUGUACAUUCUGAUUCAUUUCUUCCGGCGUGGGCCGAUAUUCUGCAUUUCAAACAAGCUCCAGGGAACAUCAUUGCUACUAAGAGAAUGCAUAGGGAGGCUUUGAGUAGAAAGGAGUACAGUGGCCAGUAAAAGUAAGCUGCAACUCCCCUACCCCCACUUUCUGAAAAGCUGGCCCAGGCUUGGGAUGAAUAAUUUCUAUUCUGGUCGUAUUGCAGCUUGUCUCCUAGAACAGGUGGCUUCAUAAUGACAAAUGACCUUCGCAAUUUCACUUUGCAGCUUAUAAAGCAUAUUUCUUAAUGGUCCUCUUUAUAUUUUCAUUGUUUUCACAUAACAGAGUGAAGCUUAGAGGAGUACCUUCAUAAAGGUCACAUAGCUAGGGAGAGACAGAGUUGGAACCCAAAUGUAUGUUUUCUCACCCAAGGUUUUCUUCAUUUUGCUACUGCACCAUAUGGGCUCUAACUGAUGGAAGUAUUUCCAUUUCUGCUCAUUGCCCAAAGCCUUGACCCUCCUACAUGGGGAUGCUGUUUUAAGUACUGUGUGUAGUAGUAGUUCAUUUCAUAGAUUGGCUAAUUUCCCCAUGAUCACAUAGCUAGUAAUAUUAGGAUAUAAACUUAUGCCCCUGAAUCAGAGGUUUAGGAGCCCAGAGCCUGCCAGUUCUCUCUCCAUCCUUGCUGACACAGAGUACCAUCUGCCCCAGAGGCACACUUCCAACUGUAAUAUUAUUUUUCCUUCCCCUUUCUCUGCAGGGUGUUUCUGCGGCCUGGGACUGGUUAGUACUAACAAGUCCUGCUCAAUGCCACCCAUCAGCUUCCAAGACCUUCCUCUCAACAUUUACAUGGUCAUCUUUGGUACAGGCAUCUUUGUCUUCAUGCUCAGCCUCAUCUUCUGCUGUUAUUUCAUCAGCAAACUGCGGAACCAGGCACAGAGUGAACGAUAUGGAUAUAAGGAGGUGGUGCUUAAAGGUGAUGCCAAGAAGUUGCAAUUAUAUGGGCAGACCUGUGCAGUCUGUCUGGAAGACUUCAAGGGGAAGGAUGAGCUAGGUGUGCUCCCGUGCCAACAUGCUUUUCACCGCAAGUGUCUGGUGAAGUGGCUGGAAGUACGCUGCGUCUGCCCUAUGUGUAACAAGCCCAUCGCUGGUCCCUCUGAGGCCACUCAGAGCAUUGGCAUCCUAUUGGAUGAGCUGGUGUGAGUCCUGCCUUUACAUCAAGGCCUGGAGAAGACCUCUUGCUUCAUGGGUGCCGGUCCCUCAGCAUAGCCGCAAUGAACAAGACUGUUGGGUGGUAAUGGUCAUGCUUACCUGAAGGGGAGGUAGUACAGGGCUGGUCUCACCAUCAGCCCUGUGAGGGGGAGACCAGACUUGCCCCACCUUCCUGCCUCCUGAAGCCUUCUUCCCAGCUACUCAGUGCUGAAAGCAUGGCCCAUCACGACCAAUGUAUUCUGGUACAGGAUGAUUUACCUGCCUUGUCCCUGCUCUGGGGAAGGAUAUCCGCCCCUAUCUGGCCAUAACUUGGAGCACACAGUAGAGAUAGAGACCGUAUGACCCAUGAAGCCCUAGAAGAAGGGGUGAGAUGGGCUCUGUCCCCCUCACCUCCCCACUCUGUACAUCAGAAGGUUAGAAGGGAAGGAAGGAACCAAGUGCCUCCAGUGGAAGUGAGGGAGGUUCUGUAGGAAAUCAGGAAGAACAGGGACAUAUAAAAGCAAAGUCAAUGUUUACAUGGGACCUAUGGAAACAAAGGCUGGCUGGCCGGCCUGCUGGCUACAGGGUAAUGGAGGGCCAUCCCCUCCUCCUGCUAGGCUCUGAGGUGCUAUCCAUUCACUCUCUUCCUUGGUCAAGCUCAGCUCCCCAGUCCACGUUGGAGUCUGAGUGUGCGCCC